AUGACUGAGAUAGGGAAUUAUUUAAUAGGUAGUGGAACCAUAUAUAUUUUGUUAUAGGAAAGACUAUUGGACAAGGCACUUUUAGCAAAGUUUGUUAAGCAAUCAAUCAAGUGAUAGGUCAUGAAGCAGCAGUAAAGGUUCUUGAAAAGAAAUGUAUCGAUUAAGAAGGAGAUGUAGAGCGAGUGAAAAGAGAGAUUCAAAUAUUGAAACUCCUUCAUCAUCCUUAAAUAGUGAAACUUUACGAGGUUAAAAUUUAGCAUAGAGUAAUCCAUAGGUAAUUGAGACAGAAAACCAUAUCUAUUUAUUCAUGGAGUAUGCAAAUGGUGGAGAACUGUUUGAUUAUAUUGACAGAGUUAAAUAGUAAGAUAAUUCAUUUUAAAUGAGUAGAAUAACAGAAUAUGAAGCAUGUAAAUUCUUUCAUUAGAUAAUUUCUGGAUUAGAAUACAUGCAUAGUCAAAAGAUUAUUCAUAGAGAUUUAAAACCAGAGAACUUAUUGUUAACAAGUGAUAGAGACAUCCUAAUUGCUGAUUUUGGUUUAAGCAACCUUUAAAAAGAUAUACUUAAAACUUGUUGUGGAAGUCCUUGUUAUGCAGCUCCAGAAAUGAUAAAAGGAGAACCUUAUGAUGGAUAAAUGACAGAUAUAUGGAGUUGUGGAAUUAUAUUAUUUGCCAUGAUAUGUGGUUAUUUACCAUUUGAUGAUCUAAAUACAUAAAAUCUAUAUUAGAAGAUCAUUAAUGCAGAGUUCACAUUUCCAAAACAUAUUUCAAUAGAUGCCAAAGAUCUAUUAAAGAGAAUUUUAGUGGUUGAUCCAUAAAAAAGAUAUUCAAUUUAGUAAAUAAAAAGACAUAAAUGGUGGCAAUUAUGGAAAAGAGAUGUCUAAUAUUUCGAUAUCAUUAGAAUCCGUCUAUGUCAGUAUUUAAGGCCAGAUGUAUUACAAUUCCUUGUUAAUUUCUACCAAAUAGUCCUUAUAAUGAAGAAAUACCAAACUUACCUAAAUAUUCUCCAAGGAAUGCUAAAUCACCAUAUGUAAGAUCUCCAAUUACAAAGUCUCCAAAUACUAGAUCUACUACAUCUAAAUUAUCAAAUUGUACAUAUAAAUAGGUUUAUGAUAACAUUAAAAUGAGAUAAACACCAUCUAAAUCAUUAUAUGAAUCUACAAACAUUAAUAAUAUUAAAAGUAAUCAUAAUACAAAUAUUAAUACUAAUACUAAUAAAUAAAAUAUCUUUAUUAAAUAAUCAAAUCAAUAUACUUUUUAUAAUAAACACAAGAGACAGUCUUCUGGAUAAUAUUCAACUUUAAUGAAAAAUACUUAGUUCUAAAAAGUUGUUUAGAGUAUACAUGAGAAUAAAAAUUAAAAAAUAUUGUCUAAUACAACUCCUUUUAAAAAUUCUACUAAACAUUGUUAUUCCCAUAUUAGAAAGAUUAGUGAUUUAGAAAAAUCUAAAUUAUAAAAUUCUUUAAAAAUAGAUGAAUCAUAAUCUACUUAAAAUAUUCUUUAAAGAUUUACUUCUGGUUUAAAUAGUUUGGUUAAUUCUCCAAGAUAACCAAUUAAUAUUAGAGGAAUAGAAUAACAUACUGGUCCAUAUCAUUUAUCUUUAAUAACCAAAAAACAUCCUUAAUUAUUUAUUGAUAUGAUUCAUAAUUAUUUGAAAAUGAAUUUCCAAAUAAUUAUUUAUGAGAAUUAUUCAAUCACAUUAAAAUUAAAUAAUGAACAAUUACUUGAACUUAGAUUAAAAAGAAUAGAAUAAAUAGAUGUAUAUUAUUUAGAUAUUAUCUAAUAAAAUUAUAACUUUUCAGAGAUCUAAUAAUUUAUAAAGGAUUUAUAAUUCCAUAUUAAAUUUUGA